GUUGGAUGCGGGACUACGUCGCUGCCUGGUUACUUUGAGUCAUCGAUGUCUCAGGAGGAGUUUAAGCAGGCACAGAAACAUAUUUUGGAGGCAGAUCGGGUGGAAAUCCGCGAUCCGGAGCACUUGUACAAUUACAGAGUGUUCAAGCGCGUGUUUGGCGAAGAAAACCCUCCGGGGAAGGGGAGGUGGGGAGAGAUAUGUUGUGAAGGCUGUGGGUUUGAUUUGCAGUUCGACAACCAAGUCUUCUGCCUAACCUGCGGUAAGUACCCAGCCCGAAGAAAGUCCCCGACAGACAGCCCAUCUUCAGAAGCACCUGGAUCUUCGAUACCGAGCAAAGGUCAUGACACAGAACAACAAAGUACGAAGGGGACAAGCGCUGUGGCAGGACCGCAGAACGUACCGCUGCAGGGUCAUCAACAUACUGGGAAGACCGGGGAGAGAGAAGGUAAGCAAGGAGGUGCGAUACGGCAAGGAAGGUCCAGGUUUGUCGCCAAAGUUUUUCUGUGGGGCUUGGUCAGCUUCAUAGCAAAGGAUGUGUUUGCUAUGCUCACUCGCGGUGGGUGAUGGUUGACUCAACUUGACUGCCAUUGGAAAAAGUAUUAUUCAAAUUCCAAAAUAAAUUAAUCUUCUGUUC